AUGCCCCAGUACCACAGUGAACACUUCCCCAACGUGCCCCAGUACCACAGAGAACACUUCCCCAACAUGCCCCAGUACCACAGUGAACACUUCCCCAACGUGCCCCAGUACCACAGAGAACACUUCCCCAACAUGCCCCAGUACCACAGUGAACACUUCCCCAACAUGCCCCAGUACCACAGAGAACACUUCCCCAACAUGCCCCAGUACCACAGUGAACACUUCCCCAACAUGCCCCAGUACCACAGAGAACACUUCCCCAACAUGCCCCAGUACCACAGAGAACACUUCCCCAACAUGCCCCAGUACCACAGAGAACACUUCCCCAACAUGCCCCAGUACCACAGAGAACACUUCCCCAACAUGCCCCAGUACCACAGAGAACACUUCCCCAACAUGCCCCAGUACCACAGGGAACACUUCCCCAACAUGCCCCAGUACCACAGAGAACACUUCCCCAACAUGCCCCAGUACCACAAUGAACACUUCCCCAACAUGCCCCAGUACCACAGGGAACACUUCCCCAACAUGCCCCAGUACCACAGGGAACACUUCCCCAACAUGCCCCAGUACCGGGGAUGA